CAGUUACGUGCGUGGGUGGCGGAAGCAGAAAGAAGCAUUCGCGCGGGCACGCCGGAGGUGUGGUGCGGGAGCGCGGACGUACGUGGGCGUGACGCGGCGCUCUGGCGCCGGAAGCGGGGCGCGCGUGCGGGCAAGCGGGUCCGGGAGCGCGGCGCGCGGGCGCCGGCAGCGGGCCAUGGAGGUUUCCCCCGAGGGUGGAGGGCCCUCGCRGGAGGAGGAGGCCGAGCCGCAGGGCACCGCCUGGAGCGGGGACAGCGGUAACGUGUCCCAGAGCCACAGCAGCGCCUCGGGGCCGUGGGAGGACGAGGGCCCGGAGGACGGCGCUCCCGGCCGCGACCUGCCGCUCCUGCGCCGCGCCGCCGCGGGCUACGCCGCCUGCCUGCUGCCCGGGGCCGGGACGCGGCCCGAGGUGGAGGCCCUGGACGCCAGCCUCGAGGACCUGCUCACCAGAGUGGACGAGUUCGUGGGCAUGCUGGACAUGAUCCGCGGAGACUCAUCCCACGUGGUCAGCGAGGGCGUGCCUCGCAUCUACGCGAAGGCCACGGAGAUGCGGCGCAUCUACAGCAAGAUCGACAAGCUCGAGGCCUUCGUGCGGAUGAUCGGCAGCAGCGUGGCCAGGAUGGAGGAGCAGGUCACCAGGGCUGAAGCCGAGCUGGGGGCCUUCCCCCGGGCCUUCCAGAAGCUCCUGCACACCAUCAGUGUGCCCUCCUUCUUCACCAAGCCGGCCCCCGCGAGGCCGCCGCGAGCCGCCUACGAGCCGCCGGUCCUGUUCCGCACUGAAGACCACUUCCCCUGCUGCCCUGACAGACCCCAGCUCUGAGUCCCGCGGCCCCUGCGCAGGAGGACCCCAAGCGAGACACUUAUCCCAAGUAUUAAACUAAUUAAAGGGCCUACUCAUAGGCGUUUAGGAUGUGGA